UACCGAAAGAAAGAAACUCAACUGUCAAAACGUCAUCCACCGUUCUCAUAGCAGCAUUUCAAUUUUCUGUUUCAAAAAACGCCCGAAUAUUUUUGAUGUGAAAAAAACUUUAUACAAAAUGCGCUGAUAUAGCAAACCAUUAUUCGAUAGUAACGUUACUAGUAUGUUUUUAUGACAAGCCUCGUGAAUAAGUUAAAUGUUUACUAUUUUCAGUAGACGAAAUGUCGAAGGCUGUAAUUAUACCAGAGUGUAAUAAGGAUAUUGGGGGUAUGAAGGAAGAGAUAUCGUUGUCGCCACCUGAGAAACGCGAUGGUGCGAUCGGUCUGUUUAGUAGACUGCUUCGUUUUGAUACUUUGACUAAGAAAAACAGUGCGCCUGAUAGCCCAACGGCAUUGGAACCUCCAGCGACCUACUAUGGAGUAUACAUACCUUGUGAAAUUAAAAAAGGACCAGAUGAAGAAGCACUACACGUGUACAAGAACAAGUCGGAAGCAUUGGAACUGGUGCGCAGAUACAAGUCUUCAAGGUUCAAAGCGUUCAGGAACCGGCAGGAUGCGGUUUCCUUUGCCUUACGUGGCGCUGAACCUGCGGACACCACUGAUGGGAACAAUAGUGCGGUCAUGGGCGAGAAACCGUUUCCUUUCAAAGCGCCAUCACCACAAGACAUGGUGGCGUUACGGAAGGCGAUCGAAGCAGGGUUGGCGGCCACCGUGCGCGACAGAGUGUGGGACAACCCUAGGUUCCUAGUCAGCAAUGGGAACACGCCAUCUAUUUUACAGGUAAAUAGAGGCUUUUGAUCUAACAAUUCCAGUUAAAUGAGUCCUUAUUGAAGCUCUUUUGUCAGUGUGGAAGCGAGAUAGUGAACUAAAAUGUUAAUAAACGUGAAACAUAAAUGAAUAAGUAUCUUUGUUUCAUAAUUAAGCUUUUUAUAACGACUACUGCACCAAGGAAUUUAAUCCUUGUGUCGCAAGGGUUUUCAGAAAAAUUCAAGUCACAUCCACAAAGAC